AUGAAGUUCAUCAUAAGAUUAUUGAUUUUGUUACAUAUAUUAUUACAUCAUAUCUAUUCAUUAUCAAAUAGAACAUUGAAAUUUAAUGAAUUAUGGUUGAAAUGGAAAUUUAUUUAUACUAAACAAUAUACUACUUAUAAUGAAGAAUUAAUUCGACAAAGAAUUUGGUAUAAAAAUCUCAUUAAAAUUCAAUUACAUAAUUUACGUUAUGAUUUAGGCAUUGAAACUUAUUCUAUUGGUUUAAGUCAAUUUAGUGAUAUUGAAUGGAAUGAAUAUUAUUCAAUGUAUAAAAUAGAUAAAAGAUUUCUCAUACCUAAAUUAUCAUUUAUUGAAGAAGAAUAUAAUGUGAAUAAUAUGGGUUGGAUACCGGAUUCAUAUGAUUGGCGUCAUUUUAAUAUUGUGAAUGAACCAAGAGAUGAAGGUUCAUGUAUUGGUUCGUAUGCAUUUGCUGUAACAGCUGUAACUGAAUCACAAUAUGCUUUACGUACAUCGAAUCGAAAAAAGUUAUCUGUACAACAAUUUAUUGAUUGUACACGAAUAUAUGGUAAUAUGGGAUGUCAUGGUGGUUAUACAUUUACAUUAUUUAUUUAUUUACAAAAUUUUGGAUUAGAAACAGAAGAGAAUUAUCCAUUUACGGGUGCGGAUCAAGAUUGUGUAGCAAAUAGUUCAGAUGUGAUUAUUCAAUCGAUCGGUUAUAAAUUUCAUCGACAUGGUUAUGAAACAAUUUUGAAAUGGGCAGUGUACAAUGAAGGUCCAUAUGUUAUUUCAAUGAAUAUUGAUGAGAAUUUUUUACAUUAUAAAUCAGGAAUAUAUCAAUCUGAUACAUGUACACAUUAUAAUUUAAAUCAAAGUAUGUUACUUGUUGGUUACGGUUAUGAUAAUGAUGGUAACGAUUACUGGAUAUUACAAAAUAAUUGGGGAACAAAAUGGGGUGAACAAGGUUACGUGAAAGUACUUCGUAACAAUUGGAAUAUGUGUGGGAUUGCUUCAAUGGCAUUUCGACCAAUAUUACGAGGUUUUUAA